AAACGCCCGAACUGAGUAUCUUCGCCCGUGGGGGUUCUCGUCUCGUCACCAUUCAUCAUUCAUGGCGUCUCCUCCUCCCUUAGCAAGCGUGGUGAACCCAAUUCGCCACCAUAUUUGAAUAAGGUUGGUUAAAGUUCAAAUACAAAUCAAACGCAAGUUUCCUAAUUUUGGCCGUUGGGUGUUUCUCGUAAUUAUGGCUCUAGAAUUUAUCGGCGGGCAACUGCUUACGCUGCUCCACGAUGGCGUUAAGCAAGCGAUGAGCAAGAGUGGCACCUUUAAGUCCCUUCUCGGAGAGCUCAAAUCCACGCUGGACUCUUUGGUACCAAGAGACAUCCAACAAAUUCGGGAGCAUAACGUCGAAUUGGGUCUCCCAAACGAGGAAAUCGAAAGUCUUAAAGAGCUAAUGGAGGAAGGUGUAAAGCUCGUUGACGAGUUCUCAAAAUUUCGCAUGUGGAACUACUGCUGCUUAGAUGAUUACACUGAACAAAUUGUUGAAUUGGAUAGGGCUCUUAAAAGCUUGUUAAGAAAACUGAUAAUUCAAGAACAAAGGGAUGUGAAGGAGCUCUUGGUUUUGGCUAGGGAAAACCGAGGCAACCUCGAUGAACUGAAGAGAAUGGUGUUGGGUAUGCUGAAUUUAAUGCAGGAGAGUGCAGGGGAUGUCCUGGAGAACUUUGCAUCAGGAAGUAAUACGAAGACGGUGACGGAGCAAAUUCAAGGGAAUGGUGUGGAACAAGUGACAUCGUUCAACGGAGGGACUUCUCUAAAAGCAGACUUUGUUGCGUUGUUUGAGGUCGUUAUAGAAGUGAAGGACAAAACUAGGAUAUUUAAACCCCUCCUCGGAGGUCUUGAAUCCACGCUAGAGUUCUUAAAACCACUGAUCGAAGAGAUUGCAGAACAUAACAAGGUAUUAGAUCGCCCAAAGGAGGAACUCGAAAAUCUUAGAAUACAAAUGGGGAAGGGUGUAGAGCUCAUCCGUAAGUGCUCCAAGGUUUAUUUGUGGACUAGCUACAAACAAUGUGAAUACACUGACAGACUUCUGGUAUUGGAUGAAUGUCUCCAAAGAGAGCUAAAUAUAUUGAAAGGGCAGGUAGCAAGAGAUGUGAAGGAGACCUUGGUUUCAAUAAAAAAUAUAGAGGCAGUGAUCAAGAAAUUUGAAGGAAGUGGUGUGGUGCAAGCUCACAUUCAAACUAAAGGUUGGGGUGCAUCACCUGAACCUUUAUCGCCAGCAGUUGGAUUAGAUGUAGUGAACGCGCAGGCACCAAGGGAUGCGAAGGAGGCAUUGGUUUCGGUCAGGAAUACAAAGGCAGUUGUUGAGCAAAUUAAAGGGAGUGGCGUGGUACAAAACCAAACUCUUGAGCCGAGAAAAUUAACAAUGGCAGAAGAUGGAAAUGCAAUCGGGAUCGAUCUGGGCACAACAUAUUCGUGUGUAGCGGUGUGGCAGAAGGAUCAUGCAGAAAUCAUAGCAAAUGAUCAGGGUAAAAGGACAACUCGAUCUUAUGUUGCAUUCACUGAAAGUAAUAGGUUGGUAGGCGAUGAAGCAUUCAACCAAAUCCUGAGAAAUCCGGCCAACUCAAUCUUCGAUGCAAAGCGGUUAAUUGGUAGGAGAUUCAGUGACGUCUCUGUUCAAAGUGAUGUGAAGCUCUGGCCAUUCAAGGUGAUUGAAGAUCCUAGUGGCAAGCCCAAGAUUGUGGUAAUGCACAAAGGUGAAGAGAAAAAAUUUACUGCUGAACAAAUAUCAUCCUUGGUUCUCAGGAAGAUGAAGGAGAUUGCGGAAACAUACCUCUGCUCAAAUGUGAAAAAUGCAGUUAUUACUGUGCCGUCGUACUUCAACGACUCGCAACGUCAGGCUACAAUGAAUGCCGGUGCCUUGGCCGGCUUAAAUGUGCUGGGUAUUAUCAACGAACCAACGGCUGCAGCCAUUGCUUAUGGCAUUGACAAGAAGGUUGGUUGGUAUAAGAAGAAGCAUGUGAUGAUAUUUGAUUGGGGCGGUGGCACUUUAGAUGUGUCUCUGCUUAUCAUUGGACAACAUGGUGUGUUUGAAGUGAUGGCCACUGCUGGAGACGCACACCUUGGCGGUGAAGAGUUGGAUAACAGAAUGGUGAGUUACUGUGUCCAAGAAUUCAAGAGAAAACAUCAAUUGGACAUUAGUGGAAACUCCAGAGCUCUUAGGAGGGCCAAAACUGAGUGUGAGAAGGCAAAGAAGGCACUGUCAUAUUCGUUUGAAACCGAUAUUGAAAUUGACUGUUGGUACCAGGGUGAAGAUUUUUAUGCAAAUUUUUCCAGGAAGAAAUUUGAGCAAAUGAACAUGGAUAUCUUCAACAAGUGCAUGGAGCCAGUGAAAAAGUGUUUGAAGGAUGCCAAAAUGGACAUAAGCGAUGUCGACGAUGUUAUUCUUGUUGGUGGCUCUUCAAGAAUUCCAAAGGUGCAAGAGCUAUUGAAGGAGGUUUUCAACGGUAAGGAGUUGUGCAGGAACAUUAAUCCGGAUGAGGCUGUGGCAUAUGGAGCGGCUGUUCAAGCUGCAGUCUUGACAGGCAAUGUAACAGGGAAGCUUCAAGACUUCAGUCUCUUGGAUGUCAUUCCUAUGUCACUUGGGGUGCAGAAGAUUGAAAGCACGGGUGAUAAAAAUGCCAUGCAAUUUGUGAUCCGAAGAAACACGAGAGUUCCCGUGGUGAAGAAGAUGACUCUAGUUACUGUCUAUGACAACCAACGUAGUAUCAGAUUCGCCAUUUAUGAGGGUGAGAGCACAUCAACGGUAAAUAAUAACUAUUUGGGUGAAUUUAGCCUUGAUGACAUUCCUCCCGCUCCCAAAGGUGUUCCUGAGUUUAAUGUUUGCUUUGAUAUUGACUCAAAUGGAAUCUUGAGAGUCUCCGCUGAGGAUAUGCUGACUGGCCAGAAGAAAGGGAUCACAAUCAAUCGUACCGAAGAACGCUUGAGGGAUUUGAGAAUUAAAGAUGAGAGAGGUAAGAAAUGAUAAUUUUUAGUGUCCAAGUACUAUAUGUAUCUGUUUGUACCUGGAUUUUUACACCCAGGGCCUUUGAAUCAAAAUUUUGGUGGAGAAGGCAGUGGACGGGAGCUCCUUUUGCUGGCUGGUUGUCCGUUUUGUGAUAGCUGGUGUUUUUAUAUGGGUACAAAGGACAUGUUUUCUUUUUCUUUCUUUGUAAAAUAUUUGACGAAUA